GCUCUUCGGAACUGGUCGCAUUGACCGAAGCGUGUAAACUGAUGGCAGAUAAAUGUGUGACGAUAUACACAGACUCACGAUACGCUUUCGGGGUCACGCAUGACUUUGGGGCUUUGUGGAAGCACAGAAAAUUUUUGAAAUCAGAUGGGAGGCCGAUACUAAACGCGUCUCUGGUAUCGGACCUGCUCGAAGCUAUUCUGUUACCAGACAAAAUUGCGAUUUGUAAAUGCGCAGCGCAUACUAAUGAUAGAAGUUUAAUUUCAACAGGAAAUGCCAGAGCUGAUAUGGCUGCGAAAGCAGCGGCAGCGGAUCAGACUAAAGAUAAUAGUAAAAGCGCCACUUGCGCACAAGUUGACAUUAAUCUUGACAUUUCUCCUUGUUUACAGAGCAUGCAGUCUUUUUCCACAGGAGCUGAGAAAAACAACUGGAAAGCAUCAGGCUGCAGCCUUGUUGAUAGUGUGUGGAGAUCCGUUGUUGGAACGCCCUGUUUACCCAAACAUUUCUUUCAACAUUAUGCUAAGUUGACACAUGGGUUAGACCAUGUAUCAAAAGGGGGAAUGAUUGCACAGAUGAAAGAAUUGUGGUUUACCAAGGGCUUCACAAUAUUCGCUGAGAAUUUUUGCAAAAGAUGUGUUAUCUGUAAUACACACAAUGUGGCACGAGGCAUCAAAACGCAGCUGGUAUCCCAGCCAGUCCCAGAAGGGCCGUUUGAGUACUUAAUGAUCGAUUUCAUUGAAUUAACCCCUUGUGGGAAACAGAAAUAUUGUUUAGUGAUGGUUGACAUGUGGUCCAAAUGGGUCGAGGCUUUCCCAACAUCGAAACAAGAUGCGGCAGCAGUAGCAAAGGCUCUGCUAACAGAGAUUGUUCCAAGAUGGGGAAUUCCAAGAAAAAUCAGUUCUGACAAUGGAACACAUUUUGUCAAUGAGGCAAUAAAACAGGUGGGUCAGUUCUUAGGAAUUGAUAUAAGAACACAUUGUGCCUAUCACGCCGCCAGCGGAGGCACUAUUGAACGGGAAAAUCAGACGGUAAAGAACAAAUUGGCAAAGUGUUGUGAGGAAACUGGACUCUCAUGGGUGCCAUUCACUGAAGUGGAGCCGGUGAGAGGACUGUACGAAAACACCAUCACAAUAGAGGAGGGAUCAAGUGUGACUUUCAAGUGCAACCCAUUCCAGGAGAACUGUCUCGGGUGCGAUGGACAUACUGAGGAGCGCGCACCUUUCUACAUCUGCGAAAGCCCAUGUAAAUGGACCGACGUGAAAGCAUACGCUUAUAACUACAAGUCAGGAUACGAUGAAAGAUUUCGGGUGCACGCUGAAGACAAACUGAGUAACAAGCAGCAGCAUCAUUGUUUCCUUCCACAUAUCAAUAGCCAUCACUGGGCUCUAGGUUGCCAAGUUGAGGGGACAAAUGGGUUGAAAUUUGUAUGCAUCGAUUGUCUCUUGUUGGAUGCUGGAUUGCCAAGUCCCGAGCGAGCGAGUGAGGAAAAGAAAUAG